CUCUGCAGCCAAUCAUUGCCAAGUCAGCCAUGUAGUUUUUUUUUUAGUGUUUGCGGCGUCUAGACAGCCUAGCGUAACCCUUACUACCAGGCGUCUGUGACAGAUCGAUAAGUUGUUUAAUUAAUCAACGCCACAGAUAUCCCACGGCACGGGUAUCGCACGACACCGCAGUGGAACAUUAGCUGGAACUUGUUUUUUUCUUUCCAGCUUUACGUUCACACAUCAGCUCAACAGUUGCAACAAGCGGUAUUUGUUAAUAAACAUAAGUAUUGUUAUUUUUUUCUUAACAGAGCAUUUUUACAUUUUAAUUUUUUAAAGGUAAGUUUAAGAUAUAUAUAUAUAUAUAUAUUUACCGGUAGAGAGAGAUAUAUAUACACAUACAUAUAUAUAUAUAUAUNUAUAUAUAUAUAUAUAUAUAUUUAUAUAUAUAUAUAUUUCAUAUGUAUAUUUUUGAACAAAGUUUUUUUAUAGACAUUUUGUCUGUAAUCCAGGUCAAUCAUUUAGUACAGGCCUGCACGACGUGCGGCACGAGGGCAACAUGCGGCCCACAAGCUCCCACUUUCCGGCCCGCGAUGUAACGAACUAUUUGUUAUUAUUAUUAUUUUCUUUAUAGCUUUCCCCCCCCCCCCCCCCUUUUUUUUUUUUUUUUUUUUUUUUUUAGCCUUCCCCCCCCCCCCCGUCCUAUUUUCUUUUUCGAGCCGCACAGGCUUUUCAUAAAGUAGUACUGCCCGCCUUACAUUUUGAGUUGUGCAGGCCUGAUUUAGUUUAAUCAUUUCAAUGUAUACAGUAGACACACUGGUGAGUCGCGACGCACUGAUCCCCCAUGUAAGUUUAGAUGUGUUUCGUAAUAUUUUGAUAUACAGGAUAAUCAUCGCCGGAUUGAUACAUUUCUGCACAUAAUUCUGUGCCCCCCACUCUUUUUUUGGUGGGGGUGGGGUAAAAAUAGUUUAUAUAUAACUUCCUAAUUGAGUUUUUAUUGAUAUAUAAUAGAUUAUUUUUUAAAAGUAUCACUUAAGAUAAGCUUUAAAAUCUAGGAACCAUAAUUUAUUUGUAAUUCAAAUCCGCACAAUAUUUUAUAUAGACUAUUUAAAAGUAAAUCUGACUGAAAAAUAGGCAGAUAUUUGGUUGUUAUUUCUCCUGAAUAUAGUAAACUCCCUCCCCCCCUCCACCUCCCUCCCCAAGUUCUGCUGCGCUCAAGCCCAUGGCCUAGUUUGUCUCUUUGGGUAAUCUGACGCUUAGGAUAAAAGUUCGGAGAUUUUUUUAUCCCGGGUAUUUCACCUUUAAAGUAUUGAUGUUCACUAUGACAUUAUAAAUUCGAAUCUCGCUCAGAAGUACUCGCACCUAACUGAUCAUUGGACCGUAUGUACUCGUAUCAGACUGAUCAGUUGACUGUAUGUGCUGGCCGGAAGUAUACAAAAGUAAUGUAAUCGUAUAUUUCCAAUUAGAUUUAAUAAAAAUUCCGACUCUUUAGAAAAUAACAAAACUGAAUCAAAUACGUUAAUCUUUUCCUUUACAAAGUUAUCGCAAUCAUUGCGCCUUAAUCUCAAGUGCUGCUUGCCAAAUACCCCCCUGUUUACGUAAACCUACACGCUAAUGAAUAAAAAAAAAUCGAUAAUAACCAUUCGUCAAAGCAAUCGUGCGAUUAUGAUCCGUGAUAUCGGUUAUUGAUUUUAUGGAAUCAGUUCUCGCUGAGGCAGAGACAUCCAUGUAUAUGUGUAUAUCAAUGGGUAUGGGCACAAAGCCCAGUCGGUUUGUUCUUCAUGGCUGUCAUGUUAUGAGUGUAUGCGCCUGGGGUAAACUCUGUCAAAUUUAUCUUGAAUUGCAUUCAAUUUUUUGAAGACAUUUUGACUGUGAACAUUUUUGCGGAAGUAGAUUUCUUGAGUGCUUGUGCGGUGAAUGGUUAAGUGUAAGUGGACAUGUAAUGUAUGUUGAAUUUUUAUUGUGUGCGUAUGUUUGUUGUGUGUGGUUUACGGAUCAGAAUGGAUUAGAUUGCUUGUUUCCGACUCCUUCAAAUGAUUUCAGUAAUAAACGACAAAAAAAAAAAAAAAAAAAAAAAAGAGCAAAAGAAAAAAAAAAAAAAAAAAAAAAAAAAAAUGGAUUAGAUUGCUUGUUUCCGACCCCUUCAAAUGAUUUAAGAAAUAAACGAAAAAAAAAAAAAAAAAAAAAAAGAUCGAAAAGAAAAUUAGACUUAGUCGAGACUUAACUAUCCCACGUGAAUAAAACUUUACUUGUCACCUUAAAAUAAAAGAUACCAUUUUUAUUCAUAUAUUAUAAUGUGAUUUGCUUUCAAAGUAAAUACCAGUGGCUCAAAAUGGUUUUUAGAUGCAGUAAGAUGACUCUAGUCGAGCCAACCGCUAUGAAGCUCCACCGUGCACUCAGGCUGAGACAAAACGCAAGAUUAUUUGGUUGACUGAAACUAUUCAUGGAAGAUUAAGUGCUGAAACAGUUAAGGUAGGGGGGUGUGUGUUCAGCCCAUGCUCGAAGAUUAUAAAUUUAGAAACUGACUAAAUGUUCACCAGAUAUUUUUUAUGCACUAUUAGUUAUUUCAAUGACUCAUUACAGAAAGAAAUGUUGGCGCUUCAUGUGUACCAAAGUCUUAUGUGUGUACAGAAGCAUUCAUAUCUCGUUUAGUAUGUGUAAAUAUCCAUUUAUACAAACAGUUUGGAACAAGUUGUUCCACAGCUUCGCCCACCCUCCACCCCCUCUCCAACCAAGCCCCAAUACUAUUCCAAAAGGGGUGUUUAAAUCCAUUUCAAUUCAGUAAUCAAUAUUUGCCUUUGUGCUGUGGCGAAGGUUCAGCUGACCUGGUCGUAAAUCAAGUCAUUAAAAAAAACGCUCCAUAAUAACAUAUAAAUAUUUCUAACAUGUUAUGUUGCUGGCGUCAAACAAACGUCACCGGUUUGAGCCUGGUCUCUUCCAGUCGGAGAUUCUAAAACGUUUGAGCCUGGUCUCUUCCAGUCGGAGAUUCUAAAACGUUUGAGCCUGGUCUCUUCCAGUCAGAGAUUCUAAAACGUUUGAGCCUGGUCUCUUCCAGUCGGAGAUUCUAAAACGUUUGAGCCUGGUCUCUUCCAGUCAGAGAUUCUAAAACGUUUGAGCCUUGUCUCUUCCAGUAGAGAUUCUAAAACGUUUGAGCCUGGUCUCUUCCAGUCAGAGAUUCUAAAACGUUUGAGCCUCGUCUCUUCCAGUCGGAGAUUCUAAAACGUUUGAGCCUGGUCUCUUCCAAUCAGAGAUACUAAAACGUUUGAGCCUGGUCUCUUCCAAUCAGAGAUACUAAAACGUUUGAGCCUGGUCUCUUUCAAACAUUUAAAACAUUUUUCUCCAAAUUUUAUUAUAUUGUCAAUACACAUGCCUUAUAUCCAUCCAUCACCGAAAAACAACAACAACAACAAAUUAAACAACAAGAAAACAGCACCAAAAACAACAAGCAAAGCCACAAGAGCAAUUAAAAUAAACGAAGUGGCUAUUCGGACCCGGGUCUGAGAAGUUAGAUGCUGGGAUUAAAAUUAAAAAAAAAAAUUGUUGUCAGGAUGUAAGAGGAAAUUUGGUAUCAAAUGAAAGAUAAUGGAAUGGGCUAUAUGUUUGUAAACUUAGUUCCUCGGUUCAACUAAAAUAAACUACCACAAACGACACCCGGACAGCAUAGAGUCUAAAGGGACCCGGGUCCGAAUAGCGGCGAGGCGUUUCCGGGUCCACUUUGACUCAAUUCUAUUCGGAUGUCAUUUGCGGUAGUUUGUUUUAGUUGAACCGAAGAAGUAAGUUUACAAACAUUUAGUCCAUUCAAUUAUCUUGCAUUUGAUACCAAAUAGUAUCUUACAAACCCUACAAUAAUUUUUAAAUAUUGUUUAAUCAACCCAAACUCUGACUUCUCGGACCCGGGUCCAAAUAGCAGCAACCUAAGAUAAAUGUCUGUUUUCAGGUAAGGUAUUUAAACGAUUGAUACUGAUUUAGGAUUAGCCAACAAAUAGCAAACAUUUGUAUCAUUUCUCAACUUGUGUGCAAAAGUUCGAUUCUUAACAAAAAAUAAUAACUAUGGGCAUGCUAUGCUUGAUUCAUUGUUUUUGUGUUUUUAACACCGAUGUGAUAUCAGCCUGUAUUUGAAUUUUUUUUUUUCAAAAAUGUAAAUAACUCCGGAGACAGUGCUUGGAUUAAGCUUCGAGUAGUUUUUAGAUGACCAUCUUUUAGCACUCUUAAAAAUGAAGAAUUUAUCAUUUGUAAAAGGAAAAGUCAGAUUCAAAAUCUGAGACCAAACAGUGUUUUUCUCCCGGUUUAUUAAAAUGGAUUACUUUCACUAAAAACUAUAAAAAUAGUUAUGUACAUCGAUGAAUAACAUUACUUUGACACGUUUGAGAACCGCUCCCAUAAACUCUGCGGGGGUAGACAACAAAAAAAAAAAAAAGAGUAUAUGUAUCUUGAAUGAGUUAAUAACAAGAAGUGGAGACUUGUGAAUCGCAGGACCGUGAAACAGAAUUCUGAAACGAGUCAGUCGUAACUAUGAAACAAAUCCAAGGGACGACAACUGAGAUUAAUUAUGUUCUUCUACGUUAGUCCAGACAGAGUUGUCAACUAGAUAUCGACCCGAGCGUGUUCGCACUGUUGAGGGGGCAUGAAAGGACGGUACGGAUGAAUGGGGCGAUAAAAGCAGGACAGGUCACGGAUCAAGUGACUGACAUACCGGGCUUUGUCCCUUCGUACUAUAAUGAAUCCAGCGUGCUACGUUAGCCGUUUCUUUCUUAAUGCAAUAUACUGCGCCACCUGAGACAAUCAACUGUGUUCUUCUUGGGUUAUCUCUGUUUAAGAAGCUUUGUUGCGUUUUGGGGGUCGGUGGUAUCAAUACAUCAAAGGCCUCUUGGAAAUUCAUUAUAUAUAUAUAUAUAUAUAUAUAUAUAUAUAUAUAUCAUUGAUCAAAAUAAAAUAUUUAUUAAUCACCUGUUCAUUUCANUUUUUUUUUUUUUUUUUUUAAAUCUCCUUUUUCGUCAUUAACUAAUUUUAUGACAUUUGAAUAUUUUAUCUCCCCAAUUCAGAACCCUAUAAGACAGCAGAAAACUGAGUGAAACACACAGAAGUGCAGACGUCAGAGACAAAAAGGACAUAAUGUCUCAGCAGAAUGUCGUCGUUGUCUUCGGAGUAAACGGAAGACAAGGAGGUGCGGUGGCUACAGCACUGGCCCAGUCCGGUCAGUACUGUGUGCGGGGAAUAGCGACAGAUGCGCAGAGUUCAACGUCACAGGAACUAAGGGAGGCAGGGGUCGACGUUGUUAACCUUGACCUAAAUGACAGGUACGUUAUUAAAAGAAAAAAAAAACUUUUCAAAUCUUUAGUGAUGCCAAACUUAUCGUCUUCAACAUAAAAGUAAUUAAAAAAAAAUAAUAAUAGUUAUUUUUUUAGAUUAGAUGAGAUGCUUAUAUUGAUAUACAUUUAUGUAAAUUUCUUUUCACUCAUGCAAUCAUCAUCAUCGUCAGUGGCGCUACAGCUCUUGUAGGGUCCUGGCCUUCUCCACCACAUCCUUCCAUUCGGAACGAUCCAUGGCUUUUCACCUCCAUGCACGAACCUCCUAUUUUUGUUCAGGCAUGGGUUGAAAUCCAAAAUUAUCAAUCAGUUUUUUGUAUAUGGUUUAGCUUUCGUAACACUUUCUUUUUUUACGUGUCAGGGUCGUCAGCCCAGCGCACAACCGCCUGGGGGUAUACCCCUUGAAGCUCUCAGAACAGCUGCCUUUGUAUUGGGUUGGGUCACUGGCCUAUGUGGAUCCCUCCACUUCCUACAAGGCAGUAGGUACUGAUUUUGGUCCACUCCGGAUAUUUUAUAUCCCCCCCAGUACCCGCCAUAUCUGGUGGGCUUUUCGCUAUCCGCACCCUACCCCCCCCUGGGAGGCGCUCGAUAGACGAUCAGUAUCUUCACACGAGUUUCACUCAUUGAAAGCCUUUGAGUUUUUUGUUGUUCCCCCAAAAUCUGACUGCAACAAAGCGUAUGCAGUGAAACAUUAGUUUGUCGGAAUAACUGUUCGAUUCGUGAGUGAACGUUGGCAUUUAGAACAGAGGAGAAGAAAAAUUAUCAUUUUCGUAUACACCUGUUGAGCUGAGAUGAAAAGUUCAUUUCUGUAGACACCUUUCUGAUAACUGGUUGAACUAACAUAAACAAUUCAUUUACGUAGACACCUUCCUGAAACCCGGUUGAGCUGAGAUCUUUAUGUAGACACCCUUCUGACACCUUGUUGAGCUGAAAUCAAACCUCAUUGAUGUAGACACCCAUCUGACACCUUGUUGAGCGAGAUCAAAACUCAUUUCUGUACACCUCUUUUUGACACCCUGUGGAACUGAGAUGAAAAGUUCAUUAAUAUAGACCCGCCUUUGACACCUUUUUCAGCUGAUACACCAGCAGUCUUCCCCCCACCCCCCCCAAACUAUAUUUUCCUGAUUUCCUCCCACAGAGACGGUGUACAGAACGCCCUCCGUUCUGCUGACGCCUGCUUCAUCACUACCACGACGGACUUCGACGAUCCCAACUGUCUGGACACGGAGAUAGCCCAGGGAUGUCUCAUGGCUGACCAUUGUUUGACGGCAAGUGUGGUUCAGAGCCUAGGGUAAACGUGAAUACUUUGUUAUGAUAGGCGAGAGGUUCAAAUCCCGUACAGUCGGUGGAGUAACUAUUUCGACUUCCGUUGCAGUCUUUGACUUUUGUCCCCCCCCCCCCAACCACCCAGUUCAGAUGGAUCGAUAAUACAAAGCAGCUGUAAUUAUAAUUAGACAAUUUGUUAAGUGGAAUGGCCACUAGUAAAAUCUUAAACAAAUGUAUCAACAAGAACUGCUCCUGAUCUUACGAUGUAUCAUCAAGUACUGCUCUUGAUUUUACGAUGUACCAACAAAUACUGCUCUACAUCUUAAAAUAUACCAAAAAGUUCUGCUCGUGAUCUUAUCAUGUAUCAACAAGUACUGCUCUUUAUCUUACAAAUAAUAGUAUAGUUGGGAAUGCGACAUCUUUACAUGACGCACCUACCCGAUACUACCUUUCCAUAAAGCUAAUGUAACAGACCAAACACCGUCUGACCCGAGGUUCAUAAAGCUAAUGUAACAGACCAAACACCGUCUGACCCGAGGUUCAUAAAGCUAAUGUAACAGACCAAACACCGUCUGACCCGAGGUUCAUAAAGCUAAUGUAACAGACCAAACACCGUCUGACCCGAGGUUCAUAAAGCUAAUGUAACAGACCAAACACCGUCUGACCCGAGGUUCAUGUCUUGACCAACCUGCGGUAAUCUUUGGUGCGAUUUACGGCUCAAACUCUAAUCCACAGUUUACAUAGAUAUUUAAAACAAAUGUAAUUUAUUGCUAAAUUUAUUUUAUAUGUUAAGGCUAAUGGUGGCUAAUGUCUGCUGAUGUCUGUACCCAGGACAACGUUUUGGGAAAGAAAUAUAAGUAGUUUCUCUUUCUCCUUGGCAUUUCCCCCGUAGUCCACUUUGAUUAGGACAAAAAAUAAAUAAUAAACACCAAACACAUUGAUAUCAAAUGUGGCCAGUCCACCCUGGACACCCACGAAUGAUAUUUUUUCAGAAGUCUCCACAAUGUCAUGAAAUCUUUACUUUUCAACAAAACCUAAGACAUUCGUUUAGAUAUGUAAAAAAAACAAAAAAACAACAACUAAAUGUUUUGGACCCCGCCCCUUCGACUAAAUAUAUGGUGUUUGUAACUCAAAAACAACAACAACAAAUCAUUGUGUCGGUAGCUGUAGUAUGUAUUACGAGUGUCUAAUUUAGAUUUCAAUUUUGAGCAAAACGUCUGAGUUAACUUGUACAACAGGGAAACAAAAGUCUUAAACUAGCCCUUUGUUUACAUUCCAGGCAAAGGUCCAGCACGUCAUCUUCAGCACACAGCUCCAUUCGUACAACGUCUGCUCCCUCAUGGCGCGUCAUCUUGUCGCCAAGGCGGAGAUAGAAAAAUACAUGCGUGACCUUGGUUUGCCCUUGACCUGCCUGAUUGUUCCGGUAUGCUACGAGAGUGUCUUCGACCUCUUCAGGCCGAAGUCCAGGGACGCCAAACAGUAUGAUAUAGGUCAUUGGCAUGUUGGUUUCUCUUAGGACCCUCUCAUAAUCCUUUCCACCAUUCCGAAUGUUUGCUGUCAAUCAGUAGGAUUGCGUGAACUUUUCUUUUUUUUAAACAUUCCCCAAAUCCUAGUGUGUUAAUAACGAAACAAAUUUGAAGAGAGCUGAGGGGUUUCUUCCAUGUUAACUGUCAUGCAUUGAAUUUCUUGUCCACCGGUGAAAGUUUAUGACCGUCACUUUACAUGUUUACUCAUUUUCAUCAGUCACACUUAAUAAUGAUGAGCUUGAAAAUACAUUUUUGACUGACGAUUAUAUAACGAAAAAAGAAACAAAAUUUUCUUAAUUUUUUUUAUGUUCUUGCCAUAAACUUUAUACUACUUUAUUUUCUAAAUGUUGAAGAAAUCCCAAUGGGGACUAUGCCCCUGGACAUGAUCAGCGUGGAUGACCUGGGCUCGAUCGUGUUGUCGCUGCUACAGCGCAAAGACCAGUAUUUGGACAAGACGCUGAGCGUGUGCGGUGACAAGAUCACCGUGCGGGAAAUAGCAGGGGUGCUGAACAAAUACCUGCGACCUAAGACCUUCAAAGACAAGCAGGUGAGAAACAGGUGAUAAGUAUUUCAUCUCUCUGCUUUGAGAUCGCGGCCUCAUAUACAUAGUAUAGAACGUGACAUUGACAUAAUUGAUGACGAUGUGGCCUUAACACACCUUGCAGGAAUCUGGCAUUGACAUACAGUGGUACCUUGGGUUACGAACUUAGUUCCUCCCAGAACUCAGUUGUAACCCGAAACAUUCGUAUCCUGAAACAGUGAAAUCAAUGAAAUAGAGAAAAUCCGUUUCAAGAUGAAAGAACCGUUCGUUUUUAUUAACAUCCUUUCGUUUUCCUGACAAAACGCUAAGAAUACGUGUAAUUCCCGUAUUAAAUACAGAGAAAGAGAGACAACCAAAUAAAUUAUAUGUUAAAUAAAAAAUAAAGAUUAAACGAUCAUGGAAAUGUGUCAGUUUCUUUGCUAUUAUAAAUCAUUCGUUUCAUGAACUUCUUGUCGCUGUUUCAUGACAGCCAACUGGGAAUCUUUCUGCACCAAGAAACUAUCAAAUGGAAUUUGUCGCGUCCUUUGCUUGAUAAUCUUUAGGAUCUGUACGCAUUCGUUUGUCUCCAACGUUAACCUUGCUCUCUCUCUCUCUGUCUCUCGCCUUCGUUCGUAACCCGAGGCACUGUUCAUUACCCGAUACAAACGUUUUUCGAAGUUGUCGUUCGUAACCUGAAUUGUUCGUGACCUGAGGCGUUCGUAACUCGAGAUACCACAGUACUUGAUAAAAUAUAGUUUUAAUAUACCUUAUAGAAAUGUGGCCUUUAUAUACCAAAUAGAAAUUGACAAUAGAAACCCUCUCAAUCCCAAGCACCAAAACUAAGACCAUCGGUGAACGCUCCUUCUACUUCCAUGGGCCCACGUUCUGGAACCAGCUCCCCUUCCAUAUCCGUCAUUGUGAAACCUCGUCCACUUUUAAAAAGUCCCUUAAAACCCAUCUGUUUAGGUCCGCCUAUGACCUGUGAUGCACCCUCCUUGCUCUUAAAUACGAGAGGGACAUUGCCCAUUUAUAUGAAUUUUUAAUAAUAAUUUUUUACUCAACUAUUUAAUUGUUAAGUUAUAAAAGUCGUUAAUUCUGUCACAACAUCCCAAAAGCCAACCAUUUUUAUUCUGUCAUAACAUACCACAAGCCAUCCAUUUUCAUUCUGUUAUGACAUGCUAAAAGCCAUCCAUUUUUAUUCUGUCAUAUAAACAUACCAAAAGCCACCCAUUUUCAUUCUGUCAUGGCAUACUAAAAGCCAUCCAUUUUCAUUCUGUCAUGGCGUACUAAAAGCCACCCAUUUUCAUUCUGCCUUGACAUAUUAAAAGAUUUCCAUUUUCAUUUCAGCUGACUGUCUACGACUUUUCCCAAAAGAACUCAAGUGUUCUGAAAGGCUGCACGGACUGGGCGAACAUGUUCCAGUUUUUCCAACGGGUUGACCAGCGCUACAACUUGUCUGUCAGCAAACAGCUGAACCCCAAACUGCGCUCGUUCGACCAGUGGGCGCAGGAGAACGCCGCCGAGCUCGGCUCUCGAUUGUAACAAAACCUGCAAAGACCAUUGGACUUAAGACGGGGAUGAGAUAAAACAUUUGGGGCGCAUGAAUAUGAUAGACGUCUGCUUAAAUUGUUUUCAGUGCCACAACUUGUGUUACAAACUAUAAUAUACAAACAACAUAUAGUGUCACAACAUGUGUUACAAACUGUACACACCACAUAUCGUUUACUGUCACAGCAUAUGUUACAAACUGUACACACCACAUAUUGCUUAGUGUCACAGCAUAUGUUACAAACUGUACACACCACAUAUUGUUUAAUGUCACAGCAUAUGUUACAAACUGUACACAUCACAUAUUGUUUAGUGUCACAACAUGUGUUACAAACUGUACACACCACAUAUUGUUUAGUGUCACAGCAUAUGUUAAAAACUUUACACACCACAUAUUGUUUAGUGUCACAAUAUGUCUUACAAACUAUAAUAUACAAACCACAUAUUGUUUAGUGUCACAACAUAUGUUAAAAACUGUACACACCACAUAUUGUUUAAUGUCACAACAUGUCUUACAAACUAUAAUAUACAAACCAUGUAUUGUUUAGUGUCACAACAUAUGUUACAAACUGUACACACCACAUAUUGUUUAGUGUCACAACAUAUGUUACAAACUGUACACACCACAUAUUGUUUAGUGUCACAACAUAUGUUACAAACUGUACACACCACAUAUUGUUUAGUGUCACAACAUAUGUUACAAACUGUACACACCACAUAUUGUUUAGUGCCACAACAUAUGUUACAACCUGUACACACCACAUAUUGUUUAGUGUCACAACAUGUCUUACAAACUACAUGAACGCGUCAAAAAAUAACAACAACCAUAAAACAAGAAAUAAAACUAUACAUAACUUAUAUCGAAAAACGAGAUACAUUUUUAUAACUAAUACUAAUUAUGAGGGCCAUUAAAACACGGCCAUCUCUUCCACCAGCCGUAACCACAAUUUAUGGAGUAACAGUGGAUCGCAGAAAACAGACAACAUUCAAGAACACUUCAUCAAGUCUUAUUCAACCCAAAAUCGUCAAACCAUUUUCAGAGCAGUAAUUGCCAUGCGUUUUUUUUAUUUGUGAGGGUGGGGGGGGGGGCGCGGCGGGAUACAUUUGUCCCCAUUUAUUAAUCCUCGAAACCCCGCUAAAUCUACAACAUUUCAAUGGACGACGGAGCGUUUGGUCUAUGGAGGUGUUGAGCCGUUCAAAAGGGGAGAUGUUUUGAAGAUGUGUACAUUUGAAUGAAGUCUUGUUCAGGUAUAGAACACUAUUGAUUGUGACUUCUGUGUACCAAUAAAGAUUACGUUCUGUUUUGCCCGUCAGUAUUCAACUGAAGAAAAACUUCAAGCCUACCGUCACGUCUUUAUUUUAUUUGUUUUGUUGCUUUGAUUUUUUUUAUUUUUUUUUUAAAUUUAAGGAAUACAAUUUUUUGCACAAUCAAAUCUACAAAUUAAACGCUCCCUAAAAACAAAGUUUUUCGUAUAAAAUGGGGCCGGGGCCCUUUAUAAAAUGUAUCAAUCGGGCAAUGGUGGGGGGGGGCGGGCGGAAUAUGUGACAAUACAUGCGUACAGGUAAUUUAAAAGCACUUUAUAAGAAUCGCAGUUAGAUUAGUGCCCCCCCCCCCACCAACCAUGGCUGGCAACCGAAUCUUCUUACCUCCGUUAAAUUUAAAAGUUACAAAACUAUUUCUUGUCUUCUGUAGUUCAGGGGCGUCAACAAACAUGUCGUGUUAACAUUUUCUUUAAAACUAUGAAAUAUAUUUUCGUUUCCAUUUUGCGAAAAUAUGGUUAAUGGAUAUGUGGUUAAUGGAUAUGUGAUUGUACAUUUAAUGAGAUAAAUACUGCUUCUAAAAAAAAACAACCACUCAAAACUUUAAAGGCCGCAGGAGUCCACGGAACGUAAUGUUACACGUUGGGAACAGCAACGGAACUAUUUUUCUCUAAAAGGGACAGACUAUCCAAGGGAGCUUACUACCUGUUUUUGUCAAUACAAUGAUACGGCCAGGAGAAAUCCUGGUUUCAAAAAUUGCUUUUAAUUUUCUGCAAACAUACAUGAAUGGCGAGGCCGGGGCUCUCUUAUAAAUUGCGAGGCCGGGGCCCUCUUGUGAAUUAUGGGCCUGGGCCCUCUUGUAAAUCACGGGGCUGGGUCUUCAUGAAUACCAUGUUCAGAUUGCAGUAUGAAAGUGUCUCAUCAAGUGAAUCACUUGUUCAGAUUGCUGAAUGAAAGUGUCUCAUAAAGUGAAUCGCUUGUUCAGAUUGCUGUAUGAAACUGUCUCAUCAAGUGAAUCGCUUGUUCAGAUUGCUCCUCUCCCACCCCACUUUUUAAAUAUGCAUUUUUAUAUAUAAAAAAAAACAAUGUAUAUUGACAUCACCUAUGAAAUAUCUAACGCUCGAUCAUACCAUCCCUUUCCUUAAUUGGGAAAAUCUUGUUUAGUUCCUAAUUAUUAUCGAGUGAUGCACGUUCUAGAAUUCUUUUGCGGGAGGUUCGAAUAUUCUCCCUAUAUAUAAGGCGGCAGCUUUAAACGACAGAGAGACAGACAGAUAUAGAGACAGAGAGAGAUGCUAGCUAUGGUUCCUAUCAACGAAACGUAUUAAUAGCAGCCUUACAAGAAUGUACUCUGUGUGUGUAUGUGUGUGAGUAUGUAUUCGUAUGUGUAACUUUCAAGGAUUAUACUUUUUCACUAUGUUAAUACAGUUUUUAUUUCUGUAUGUAAGAUUUUGUGCUUUUAUAAAGAUUUAAUAGAAUAAUUGCAUUGAAUACAGUUAAUGUCAC